UCGGGUUCAAUUCCUUUGCACGCAACAUAGAGACGUUGACACUAAAUUGCACACAGACACCACUUCCGUGCGCUCUUUUCUUUCUGUGAUGCAGUGUUUCGUACUUUGUGACUUGACCUCUGGGCGAUAAGCUAAGCUCCAUCGAUUAAACGCCAAAAAAAGAGAGAGAGAGAGCUCUGUUUCUGGCUGUUACAUUCUUUCUUUCGAGGUUCUUCGUUGGGAUUCAUCAUAGCUUCGACUUCUUCUUCUUCUUCUUCUCCUGCUAGAUCUGUGCUUUGCUCUUUCAUCUUCUUACGCUUUCCACAAGAGUGGACGAAAGGGUGAUUGCGAUCACUGCCGGCCGCUACAUCUUUUCCUCCUUUUUCUUCUUUGCCGCUUGCAAUCACUCCUCGCUCGCGCGCCUAGAGACGCAGCUCAUCGAGCACGGCAACAUGAGUGCUCCACCCGCAGUGGACUCCAACCGGACGAGAUGAAACCAAGAGUUACCUCGCAUCGGCAGCAAGAAAAUCACCGCGCGGAGAUCCAGGGGCGAUCAGUAUAAGUAAGCUUUGCUGUGAUCUUGUCCAUCUCUGUGCCUGCGUGUGCGUUCCUUGUCUUGCAGCGGCUUCCCAUAACCGGGCUUGAGAUCCAUCGCGAGAGGGGAAAGCUGGCUGCCGCUCGGAGGAAGAAGGCGGCACCGCAGUCGAGGAGCAAAGCCUCUGUUUCUUUAAUCUUCUGUGAAGGCUCGAUGCCGAGGGACGUACCAAGGUGAGAAGCGCGAGAGAACCAAGCGUGUGCUGCUAGAAGCUGUGCAAUCGCCGGGAGAGAAGAAAUGGCAGUAGCAGCCCACCUUCUAGAUUCACCGGGGAGGAAAUCCAGGCAACCAGGUGCAGCACAGACAAAGAUUCUAGUAGCGUUUCUUCACAUGACUUCCAUUCUGGUCCAGCAAACAUCGGCUCUCCUGUGGCUGGACUCGUUGGAAGUUCGGGCUCUAAACGACAUCCGGAGCAGCCUCCGCGACCUCCCUGGCUCGAACUUCCUGGCGAGCUGGGAUUUCUCGCACGACCCCUGCAGCAGCUUCAAGGGGGUGGUGUGCUGGUCGAUCGGAGGCGUCAACCACGUAACCAUGCUCAGCCUUGGCAGCGGGAUCGCAGGGACUCCGGGACUAGCAGGAACUCUGAGCCCAUCGCUGGGGAAGCUCACGUACCUCCGGAGCUUGGCGCUCGUCCCGGGACAAGUCCACGGUUGCAUCCCAGACAGCAUCGCCGGCCUCAAGGACCUCCAGUUCAUCGGCCUCGCCAACAAUCGCCUCUCGGGCUCGCUCCCAUCGUCCUUCUCCGAGCUGUGCAGCGUCCAAGGCUUGGACGUGAGCUACAACGCUUUGACGGGGAGUCUACCGGAGGGGGUGGCGAAGCUCCCGAAUCUCAACACGCUGACGCUCUCGCACAACUCCAUGUCGGGUGCGCUGCCGCUCUUCUCGGCCCCGCUAAUCCACCUCGACCUCCAGAGGAACGGCUUCACGGGGCCGAUCCCCUCGCUGCCAGGAACUCUGGAGUAUCUAUCGCUUGCUAAGAACUGCCUCACGGGGACGAUCCAGGGGAUGGCUACCCUGCAGCGCCUGGCGUUCCUCGACCUGAGCUUCAACCAGUUCACCGGAGGCAUCCCACCAGAGAUCUUCGGCUUCCGGAUCAGCAACCUCCUCCUCCAGCGCAACCAGCUCUCGGGGCCGGUCCAGGUUCUAACAUCGCCCUCCAGGCAUGCAACCACGUCCUUCACAGGCAUCCCAGCGAUGGUAGAUCUCAGCUACAAUUGCCUCACGGGGCAGGCUCCCGCGGGGCUGGCAUUCGCGCAGAAGCUCUUCCUCAACAACAAUCGCUUCUCCGGGGCGGUGCCGCAGGAGUUUGUGGACGCCAUGGUGUUCGGGGACCUCCAGGUCUUGUACCUCCAGCACAACUACAUCGCCAACAUCAACCUGGCGUCCACCAUCCCGCUGCCAACUACAUGCACAUUUUGCAUCCAGUACAAUUGCCUCAGCCCGCCGCAGCAGUCGUCGUGUCCAUUCAACGUCGGGAGACAAGCGUCCAGGCCGAUGACCCAGUGCUCCACCUUCCACUGAGACCAUGUAAUUGCCAUAUAGAAAAAAAGGCUUUACGAAAGUGGUGGCAAUAAAUUGUAACUCUUAGAUUGAACCGUGGAAUUAGAACUCAAAGCAACUACAAAGUAGUAAACUCAAUUAA